AUGGUGAAUUCUCGUAUGAUCUACGCCCUUGUCACGAUUCUAAUUAUCGUCAUCGCAACCGUCGAAGCCGGCGGCUACGGAGACGCGUUAGGGUUCGUGGUCCGAACCGGUUUGUCCUCUAGCUGCAAAGGGUCAAUCUCCGAAUGUAUAGCCGAAGAAGAAGAGUUCGAGUUGGAUUCCGAGAUCAGUAGGCGCAUUUUAGCGUCGAAGAAGUACGUUAGCUACGGUGCGAUGAGGAAGAACAAUGUUCCUUGUUCCCGACGUGGCGCAUCUUACUACAACUGCAAACGCGGUGCUCAGGCUAAUCCUUAUAGCCGUGGCUGCAGUCAAAUCUCCAGGUGCAGGCGUUGA